AACCUCACGAUAACGCAAUCUGUUGGAAGUACAUGUUCUGAUACAAGUGGCCUGUACCGCUCUCAUUUUUCUUUGCUGGCUGUCUAAGCCAAUGGACGUCAACGAGCCCAUCCAAAUCGCACUCAAGCUGCCAAAGUCCGAUCAGCGUCAGCCAGGGAGCCAACAGGCGACCGACAAUGAUGCUAUUUUCCGGUCUCGAACGAACAUGCCCAGCCAGACCGAAUCGGCAGAGAGAUAUGAACUUUUACAACCAUUCUAUAAUCACACCGAAGGGAAGCACCUCACCACAGAGGAAUUGCUCUGGAAGGAGGCGUGCGAUAUCAGUUGCAACCUCCUUCCUCUUGAUCACUAUUACACCACAUCGAGAGCCCCGCUGAAUCGCUCCGGUGUGGUCAACAGAGCCUUCUACGACAUAAUCGUAAACAUCACCCGCACCGACCAGGCUACAAAAGGUCAAUGCAAGCGAAGACCCCGGGGCGGCGGCGAAACGUCAAAAUCCGACGACCGCACAGGACUCAGCGGCGUGGGAGGAGUCGGCAUGAUGUUUGCCGAAGGAUUCUUCAUCAUCGUGAUCGCCGGGCUGCACGCACUCGCCUGGAACUUUACUUUCCCGACGCCGCUCGAACGGCUAUUGUGGAGACUAUCCUGCGUUGGAAUGGCGGUCUUCCCGAUGGCAGUUAUUGUCUGCGCAGCCAAGAAUUCGUAUCACAUCGAUCUGGUGAAGGUGCUCUGGAACCACAGCACUGUCGGAUGCCACGGGUGGGACUAUUUGCCGCAAUCGCUCGUGUACCUCUGCGAGAUAGCGGAAGUCAGUGCGCUACCGGGAUAUCGACACCCAUCCACCUCCUCCUGCUUGACUACGACUACCCAGGAAACAAAGUCUAUGGAUGCGGAAGCGCAGAUCACGACCGAAAAACCGGUGGGCGGCGGAGCAUCGUGGGGGAAAAUCUUGCUUCAUAUUUGUCUGUUGACGCUGUGUAUUCUGCUGCUGGCGGGCUAUCUGGUCUCGAUCCUCUUCAUCACCGUCGAGGGAUAUAUAAGUCUGCGAACCCUGCCAGAUAGUGCGUUUAUGACACCGAGAUGGACCGAUUAUUGGCCCCAUGUCUGAGGCUGUAUGUAUUUGGAGGGUUUUCACGGGCGUUUGGGAGGUUUUUUUUCUUCUGUUUUUCUCUUCUUUUCAUUGGGGGGUGGUUUCUUUCGCUUGGA